ACCCAGGGAAGAUAUGUUUCUGAGCAGCUCAGAGGAGCCACACUCGAUGAAGCAGAAGUAGCUGGACAAGUGAUCUGUAGCCAGGCCAGAGCCUAAUGGCAUGCAUAAUGACGAUGAUGGUAUGGAACAGGGGCGGACUGACAACUCAUGGGGGCCCCCGGGAAAUAGGGGAUCAUGGGGCCCCUGUGUCCUUGCCCAAACUCAAAAAAGCCUAUGAAAAAGGUACCAGGGGCAUCUCAUGGGGCCCCCUACUGACCCCGGGCCCUCGGGCAGUG